AUGCGGAAGGACAAAGAUGGAGCGAAGGCACUGCACUUAAACAUCAGCAAGGAGAAAUAUAAAUGCAUCUCCAAUUUCUUUUUUACCAUCGAGUCAUGUGUGAAAUUUCCACCGAAGCUGAAGUUGUGUCGUUAUAACGGCUGGAUUCUUGACGUUCAACGUACGGAUAAUGUAUCGAUGUAAGUGAUUUUAUAUUAUUAUAUCUUCCGUAUUAAAUAUAACAAUGCCUGAACGAAAACAUCAGAAGCAAUUAUACUACAUGAAUACUAUUUGUAAAUUUGAAAAACGUUUUAUCCGAAAUAUAUUUAUUAAUCUUUCAACUAAAAAUCUUCUCGCAGCGAUAAAUCGCAUUUAGUGUUGUCCUUUAAACUUUACGCACAUGGUCAAACGAUUUAAAGGGCAAACAAUCAAAUAACAUUAUGAAAAACGCCUUAAGGGCAUCCAGGAGAUAUUGUUAGGAAUAUAUAGCGUAAGUGUAAUGAAUAGGAAGACUUGCACUCUGUUAAAAAUUCACUACGUUUCUAGUGUUGAGACUAUAUUGUGUUUACACUAUAACGAAGUGGUUUGCCGUAGCGUAUUAACAUUUUGGUAUUGUUUAACUGCGCGCACCGCAACUCCUUUGUAUGCGUACAGCUCUCAAAUUACGUUGCCUGAUUAGUUCUCCCAUUUUUUACCUCGUCGGUAACAAAUGAUUAACAUUGCGAUCGUAAACAGAUUUAUAAUAGAAAUACUUUAUAAUUUGCCCUAAAACAGCUAUUUUCUGUGUAGAGUUAAUACAUUGUAUGUAUACAGACUGGUUAUCACUUACCAGUUCGCAUUUGACACUACAUUUCCGUCACGCCUGUCUAGCGUGUCAGUUAGAUGCGUGAUACAUUACUUGCUAGUUUGUGUUAACUGUAUUGUAGUGUGUUACUAAAUCAAAAGCAUGGUAGCAAGCAUAUAGCAAAAAACGGAAAAUGAUGACAUGUUGGAAACCCAUAAUAUGGACUAAAGCAUGAUUCUGAAAUAGGACCCAAUUUGUUGUUUCUUUGACUAUUGAUAUAUAAUAAAACACUUAUUUACUGAGACCUCGGGAAAGCAGUGUAUUUUGUGGACCCUCAACCAUCGAUGUUUCCCGAGGCGAAUAAGUGAUAAAUAUGCUACAACCGGAAAUAAUUUUACGUGGCAGAUAUUCUGGGGGCGGAAAGGCCGUAGAGGCGAAUUGUGUCAGGCUCUCUUCAAUACCGAGAGCAUGAUACUCAGGUUAGCCCUGAAACGACAGUGCCGACAUAGCUUUCCGACUUCCGGAAAACAAAAGCGACAUCCUUUCUGAACAAAACAAAAGCGACAUUCUUUCUAGUCAGGUUUAGAAGGGUUGCUUUUAGGGGUUAUUGCUCUUAGUAUAAUAUUUUAAGAAAAUGACCAUGCACCACCUGAUAAGGUAAGGUAAGGUAAACUGAUAAUUAUACAGAAAAUAACUCGUAUACCUGGCAGAAAUUAAAUUUUAUUAUUUCCUGGGAUGAAAAACUGAUUAUAUCAUGGGAUGAAAAACUAUGCUUAAUUUAAUUUAAUUAUUGUAGAUUUCAUAAGGAUUGUCAUAGUUUUCUAUAAAUAUCAAUACAUAAUUUUAUUUCACUUUAAUACCACGAAAAAUAUAUGCACAAAAAAAACGAUUCGCUGUCAAGUCUCGCAAAUAUCAUCCAGUUGUAGACUGCGAGCGGUCCCUCCUUUCCUUUGUUGUACUUUUACAUAGUGAUAAAUGGUGGCUAAAGACGAUUUCAGCCAAGUUUCAUCAAGUUUGAAGCAGUGCAGUUAUUUUAUAUUCGAUAUUGUGUCCUUCGAUAUGUCAUUUAUUAAGGUAAUUCCGCAGUAAUUGUUCCCGAAAUGAGAAUGUGCUGAAACUUCCCAGGCAUGGAGUUUAUGAUAUAUACUUAAAGUAAAAUCACACAAAAAAGUCGGGGUCACCGAACUCGUUAAGAAGAUAUGACAAUCACAAUAUACCACCUUUACCCCAACAUGGGACCAUCUUGACGCUCAUUACGAGUAACAGCAAAAUCACAACAGCCCGAUAUUUAUUGACGUUUUUAGCGCGGAUUUUGCUUUAGUAAACCUAUCUUGUAAUUAUUUUUGAAAAAAUAUUGUGUUUUGAGCAAAAUGAAACUACUAACGUGUACAAUUCUGAUCCACAAAUGUCUUUUCCACAUUUCUUUACAUAUCUUUCUUUGAGAACAUGCAUUGAUAAAGGAUUUUUUUUUCAAGAUCCAGAAAUGAUUUUUCUUUUAAUUUCGGAUAUGAAAUGUAAAAUGCAUUAAAGAAAUAAAUUUUCAGUUAAAAAACGGGGGUCACCGAUCUUUUUAGGGAAUUGUGGCAUUAAAACGUGAAAUACAAGCAAAUAAAUAUACUACAGACACAAGGAACCCUAGCUACACUUUUGUAUGCCUUUUUUGAAAACAUUGAUUUUAACGUAAUUCUUUGCACGAAUGUAACCAGAGAUGUUUUGAAGUAACAUAAAAUUAUCAUAAAAUGAUUUUUUUUAAACGGUACGUAUAAUGGAUGAAAUUAUAAGUCAGUAUAAGAUGUGCACAGUAAACAUGCGCAAUGCAAUACUGCAGAAUUACCUUAAUAUCAGUGCCACCAUUUUAAUGGCUCGCCGCUUCCCUGGCCGAUAAAUGCCACUUAUUCGUCUUCAUAUGUAUUUCGAUUACAGUAUCCAACAGUACUUCGCUGUAGAAUAGUAUCAAUCGAAAAAUUGAAAACAUUAAUUGAUGAUUCCCUAAUCCCCUUAUUACGUUUUCGUAGCGCUUUGCAUUGUAGUUAUAGUGGCAUCACUGAUAAAGAUAGCGGCCUCGAAUGAAAAUAUUGAAUGUUUUCGCGAAUAUUUUGCUGUUGGCUAUCGCGCAUCUGACCCUAGCUUUUUUUAAAAAGUUCUUGCACGGGUCAGGACAAAAAAUAAACCAUCUUGAAUAUCAGUGAUACCACUAUAACCACAAUGCAAAGCGCUACGAAAACGUAAUAAGGGGAAUCUACGAAGGAAAAACCUCCCAUAAAAACAAAUCGGUUGAUUGGAAAGCCAAUCUUCGCAAUCUCCGCGAAAAUUCCUGGUGGCUACUUGACAGGGCGGAUUAACCUGAAAUCAGGCUCUAUUUUAUAAUAUUUUCAUGAAACGUUUGUUCGCCACCACAGCAACCAACUGAAUACAUAUUAUAUUUAUUGUAUUUUUUAUGAUUACGCAAAUAUUUAUUGUUUUUUUAUCAUAAAUCAUAAAAUACAAUAAAUAUAAUAUAUUUAGUUGGGUUUCUAAACCUGACUAUAAGCACUUCAGAAAGGAUGUCGCUUUUGUUUUUCGGAAGUCGGAAACUAUGUCGGCACUGUCGUUUCAAUGGCGGGGUUAUUUUCAGGUUUCGCCAUAUAUGCCAUGUUCACCGCCAUGGCCAUUUUACCCUAAAACAGUUGAAAUUACAUGUGCUAAAUAAAACGUAUACAUGUACUUUUACACAGGUCCUAUAGACUAUCAGUCCUUUAUGAGUUUUCAUUGUUCAAAAUGUCAUCUUUUUGCAGUUUUUGUUUUAUAGUCUACUGUCAUGACCUACACUCAUUGCGCUGUGUCGCGAAAUACUUGGGUAGGUUUAUGGCUUAUUUUCUCGUUAACUGUUUUAUACAAGUUUGUUUUUUUAAUUUCACAUAUGUUAAUGUACAGAACUUAUUCUAGGAACAAAACUACUUCUUAAGUUUUUUGUACUUGGAUGUCAGUGUGCUCUUACAUUCUUGCAGGGAUUGUUUUGUUACCUGUGAUGAAAUGCAGAGUGUAAAACAACUCAAGGCAGCAAUCAACCAUCGAUUUAACGAAAACUGUGGUGUUUAUUGGAACAAUUUAACCGAUGCCCAGUUGACUGAUUAUUCAUGGUCAAAAGUACGGGAGUUCAUGACUAACGGCGGGAAAACUUUGGUUGGCACUCUUACAACCGGUCAACAGCACUUCAUGAAAAAAAGAAACGAAGAGGGACAACUUGUCCCCAUGGACGAAUGUGAUCAGGCGUUCUUGGAAUCAUGUAAAGAUGCUGUUCAUGUAAAGAUGCUGUUGAGUCCACGUAUAUAAUCAAUGAAAAGUUACAGGUUUAUAUGCAUUGUUGGUAUGCUGUAAUGUACACUUGUGCACAGUUGCACAACAUAUCGUUGUGCAGCAUAGUUGGUGUUUAUAAUAAGAGAUCCACAACUGAGCAUUAGCAAGAAUUACAUUUUUAGGGUCAUUUUUUUAGACUCUACAUAGUACGAACAUGUUUUGCUGUUCACGUCACAGGAACAUGCUGAAAAUGGAAAUGUAAACUAAUAAUUCAUAAAUAUUUUGUUGAAUUCUAUAGGUUAACAGGUAUGGUGAAAUUCCAGAGGAAAAUUGGAAAUAUAUUUGGAUGGUACCCCAUUUACGGCUCAUACCUGCCACAAAGAAUGACAAUGAGGUGAAGGAUUACCUGGAAGGAAGUCUUGAAAACUAUGUCAUCAAGAUAGAGCGACCAUAUUCACUUGGCAUUUUUAAAUGGAAAGAAUUCAUUUAUCAUGCUAAGAUCUUUUUCAAAGUGAUUUCAUGCCAUUUAUAAUCUUAUUGAGUGCUGGAAUAGGCACCUGUCACUUUGAGAAAGUUCUAUCUCUUAUCCGUAAGUAAACUUAUUAAUGAACGCAAGGCUCCCUACAGUUUCCAAUAUAUGUCAGUAUUUUAUUAAACUAAAACCGAUUUAAUUAAUUUGAAUCUAAAAAAACAAUUUUUUUGCACAAGCCACUGUUUUCUGUUGUAUAAAAGAGUACUUUUAACUCACAAUCGCUACUCUUUACGUUACCAUGACAACAUGACGUCACCAUAACAACAUGAUGUCACCAUAUAUAUGGCAUAUAUUAACCAAAAAAGCCGUCUUAGCGGACAAAUAACCACGGUGACCUACCCUUUUCAUUGUGAAUAGUAGCGAAUGUGGGUUAAAUUUACUCUUUUAUAUAUGAGGAAACAAUGGCUUGUGCAAAAAAUAGUUGUUUUAGAUUUAAAUUAAUGAAAUAGGUUUUAGUUUAAAACACUGACAUAUAUUGGAAACUGUAGGGAGCUUCCUUAAAUAAUAAUAUGUUAUAACCAUGAAAACUUGUGGCAUCAGCAUAAGCAGUACAUGGUGCAAACAAAAUAUAUGGUGUUUUUGUAGGUUUGCAUAGCGAUAAAACAUAUAAUUUUGCUUACAUAUAUACAUAUUAUUAGCACUGAUGAAGAUCCGGGCUUGAGGAUCGAAAGCUUUGCAGUAAUAAAUUUACGCGGUGUUUCCACAAACAAAACUACUAUAACUAUAUGGUUUUCUUGUGUAGGUUUCUGCUCGACCAAUGUUAAGAUCAAUGAAAAUUUGGAACGUUAAAAAGGUUUACCACCACAAUAUAGGGCGAGGAAAGAUCUACCCAAGCAGACGUACAAUUUAAUGAUAAUUCUGUGCAUUAUUCUUCUAGAUUCUUGUCCAGUUCCUACUGCUGUCGGUGAAACAGCAAGUGGAAAGUCCACAGCGCUGACACUUAUCAGCAAACUGUGUGGGUUGCACACGGUGUCGAAGUCAUCGGGCGAGUUUAUUAUAUCUUAUCUAAAAAGAACAACAUUUCCCUUGUGCUUGGACGACCCAUCACGCCAAUCCAGCACCGUCGGACCACUGGUGUCUGUAUUCAAUGGUCUUGGGCAGCAAACAAAAGAGCGAGGAAACGAAACUCCCAGAACUUCAUUUCUCCUCACAGUAAACUUCACAAUGGAUGAUAAUAUAAGGUAA